GUUCCAAAAUGGCAUCUCGCAGAGUAGGUCAGAUAUCGGUCCGUACUGCUUCACUUUUCCUUUGUGAUAUGCAAGAAAAAUUUAGGCCGAAUAUCCAGUACUUUCCACAGAUAGUAGAAGUUGCUCGUCGAAUGUUCCGUGCGGCGGAGAACCUAGAUAUACCGGUAAUAGCAACAGAACAAUAUCCGAAAGGACUUGGCCCAACUAUCCCAGAAAUAGGUCUUGAUCGUUCUAAGUAUGAGGUACACGCUAAAACCUGCUUCACCAUGGUGUCACCAGUAGUGGAGCAACAGCUUAAAUAUCAGGGUACAAAGUCGGUUAUCUUGUGCGGAAUUGAAACACAGGCUUGCAUCCAGCAGACUACACUGGAUUUAUUGGAGCGGGAUUUUGAUGUUCAUGUUAUUGCAGACGGAUGCUCUUCCAGAAGCAUGGUUGACAGGAUGUUUGCAAUUGAGAGGAUGCGGCAGAGUGGGGCAUUUAUCACGACCAGUGAGGCAAUGCUCUUGCAAUUACUUCAGGAUUCUAAAAACCCAAAAUUCAAAGAUGUCCAAAAACUAAUAAUGACUUCUGCUCCGGACUCUGGUUUACUGUCAAAAAUACCGGAGAAUUAAAUCUGGAGAUUACGAGAACUGAAGUCAUCUCAAGAGAUAUAUGUAGAUCUGUCAAAAAACUGUUAUAUGCCCAUAUAAUAGUCAUGUCAACUAAAAAUUUGUCUUGACAGGCUUACCUGAGUGCUUGAGGAUUAACAAAACAAAGAUUGUCAUUUAUACCAAUAAUGCAUUGAUAAUGCUUCUUUGGUUCAAAACAUAUUUUUUAACAAUAAAUAUACAGUAUUAAUAAUUACGAAA